UAAUAUGGCAGCCUGCUUAGUACAGCUAGGUCAAUGAAUAGCUUAACGAUUAUCUUAACUUAAUGAAGUGUUUGUCGUUAAAAGAAGUAUAAAUCAUGUUUCGGAUGCUUUAUUGUAGAUUGGGCACCACUGCUCCUUCACGGUCACUAUCGUUUUACUCGCUUUGCAAUAAAACAGGAGUUAAAUUAAAUCUCUCACGGUGGUAUACAUCUCCAGGGUCUCAUACUUCCUCGCAGCAGUCUGGCAGUACUGCGAGUCGCAUUUGGAGUCUUACUCAGAGAUCCAUUCGCCAGUCUUCUACUCGAUCAACUAAAUCCCCAAGUUUGAAAUUCAUCCUUGGACCUGCAGUGCUUGCAGUCUCAGCACGCCUAUUUUUCCACAUAGCACAAUGUGAGGCAGAUGAGAAUAACAACAUCUUAGUGGAAGUUGCAUCCAAACACCCAGAGCCUGAGUUCAAAUGGCAUAUUCUGUGGGAAUUUGUCAAGCCUCAGUGGUAUGCUCUUGUUGGUGCUGUCAUGCUUGCUUUUGGUGCUGCUAUUUUAAACAUUCAAAUCCCACUGAUGCUUGGGAACCUGGUGAAUGUUGUUGCACAAUAUCUCAGAGAACAAACGGGGAAUUAUUUGACUGAGAUAAAAGGACCUGCCCUGAAACUACUUGGAUUGUAUGGCAUCCAAGGCCUAUUAACAAGUGGCUACAUCAUCCUCCUUUCAAGGGUAGGAGAAAGAGUGGCAGCAGACAUGAGAAAGACCCUAUUUGCAUCCUUGCUGAGGCAAGAUGUGGCUUUUUUUGAUGCCAAUAAAACCGGACAGCUGGUAAAUCGUUUGACUGCCGAUAUUCAGGAGUUUAAAUCAUCCUUUAAAUUGGUUAUUUCUCAGGGUCUGCGGAGUAUCACACAGACAGUCGGGUGUUUUGUGUCCAUAUAUAUCAUCUCCCCAAAACUCACAGGUUUGACUUUGGUUGUCCUCCCGUGUCUAGUGGGAGCAGGGGCUCUUAUUGGCUCGUUCCUGCGCAAAUUGUCUCGUAUGGCUCAAGAACAGGUAGCGAAAGCUACAGGAGUGGCAGACGAGGCUCUGGGUAACGUACGCACAGUGAAAGCUUUUGCCAUGGAGGAACGAGAGCUCCAAUUGUAUGAAUAUGAAGUUGACAAAUCAUGUGAAAUGAAUGAAAAUCUUGGCACUGGGAUUGCCAUUUUUCAAGGCUUGUCAAACGUCGCCCUGAACUGCAUUGUUCUUGGAACUAUUUUUGCUGGAGGGACUUUAAUUUCCAACAAUGAAAUAUCUCCUGGAGAUCUCAUGUCCUUUUUGGUGGCGUCUCAGACUGUUCAAAGGUCCUUGGCAAGUAUCUCCAUCCUCUUUGGACAGGUGGUGAGAGGAAUAAGCUCUGGCGCUCGGGUCUUUGAGUACCUUUCUGUGCAGCCUACCAUCCUUCUCUCUGGGGGAAGCCGUAUCCCCUACCAUUCUAUGAUGGGAAGAGUCGACUUCAUGGACAUUUCAUUUAGUUAUCCGACAAGACCUGGCCACGAAGUCCUAAAGAAUUUCACCUUAACGCUGCCACCUGGAAAAACUAUUGCUGUUGUUGGUGAAUCUGGAGGAGGAAAGUCUACAGUGGCUGCCUUGCUGGAACGUUUCUAUGACCCGACCAGCGGUGCGAUCAUGUUGGAUGGGCUCGAUAUUCGAACGUUGGACCUGGCUUGGCUCAGAGGCCAAGUCAUUGGGUUCAUCAACCAGGAGCCAGUUUUGUUUGGAUCUUCUAUCAUGGAGAACAUUCGCUUUGGGAAGCCUGAAGCCACAGACGCUGAGGUCGUAAACGCAGCAAAGCAGGCCAAUGCUCACCGCUUUAUCACAAGUUUCCCAGAAGGUUAUAACACCAUGGUCGGGGAGCGAGGCGUGACGUUGUCAGGUGGUCAGAAACAGCGCAUCGCCAUCGCCCGCGCCCUGAUCAAGAACCCGAGCAUACUGGUGCUGGACGAAGCUACCAGCGCUUUGGAUGCAGAAUCUGAGCGAGUGGUGCAGGAAGCUCUGGACAAAGCCACAAAGGGUCGCACCGUGCUCGUCAUCGCCCACAGACUGAGCACCAUUCAAGGGGCCGACUUCAUCUGCGUGAUGAACAACGGCUGCAUUGUGGAGGCUGGGACACAUUUGCAACUGCUGAGCAAAGGAGGACUUUAUUCAGAUUUGAUCCGCAGACAAAGAGCCGAAGAGCAAAAAUAAAAACAAACAAACCUCUUCCUAAUAGAUCAACAAUAAAUACCAGAGUUUAUUAAUUAUGUCAGAUAUGUUGCACAUCUACCAGCUCUCUGUUAAGUUGUACAGAAGAAUUACAAAUUUGAGAACAAUUUAUAUAUUUAUUAAUGGACCAACUAAAUAAAGCUGUGAUGAUUUUAAAAUUCACUACUGUACAGAUUUGAACUACAGUAAACUGAAAAUUUUGUCUCUGAGUUUUAUUUAAACUUGUAUAGAGUUAUAAAUUCUCAUUUAAAAUUAAAUAAGAUGUGACUGAAAGAUGUCAGUUUUUCAAUUUUUAUUUGAUCUGUUUACGAAGAAUUUAUUCUUGUAAAUAUGGUUUUCUGUGAGAUGACUGGC